AUGAAAGAAAACCACAAGAUAUCCUUCUAUUUCAAGCCCGCAGAGUCGUCUCCAGAGCCACAACCUGUAGCGGGCGUGAAACGGCCCAGUAGCAAAGAUGGGCCCUGCUCUUCGUCACCACUGACUUCUUGCCCGCCAGACCUCUCAUCCCCCGUCCAGCUUACCUCUUCUCUCUCAGAGCCCAAGCAGGAGCAGGUUAUACUACAGGACCGCUCAAGAAAUGAUAGCUCUGGCGCUGCCGAGACAAGCCAUCGCCAGCACACUCCCAUGGAUGAGCCAGCUGUCUCGUCGUUCACGACUGUUCCCGGCUCCCAGCGGGUGUUCAAGGACGGGCAGAUUGUGAUCACAGCAUCUGACGACGAUGAUGAUGACUACUCUAUUAAUUCCAUUGCCAUAUCUACGGAUGAGCUACUGGCUAAGUUCUUGGGCACCUCGGGCCAGAAUGAAGGCUCAGAUACAGACAUGUCCGGUUCAAAGGGCCGGAAGCGCUCGAGGGCCAAACCCAAGCCCGAGUCCAAGGAAACCCAGACAGCCACGGCCAGAACAACACAUAAGUUCUCCCUAGAUGACCUCGUAGCAGAUGCCAUGCACGACAAGGAGAGAGAGGCCCAGGUGUCGGCUGCAAAAGUGCUCAUCCAGGAAUCCAUGGGCAAAUACAAAACCAAGGGCAAGAACCCCACUGAUAAAGAUGAUGUAUAUGCCUCUUUAGUUUCAGAUACCUCGGAUCCAGUUGCUGCUCGGCGACUGAAGGAUGCAGUGCUGCGGACAGAGGCCCUUCGACAAGGUAUAAGUUGGUCCUUCUUUCGUGAUGAUCCGCCAACUGUCGAUGUUGAGCCUUUCCCAAUCCUGUCAGUAGAUGCUGGGUCUUGGGAGGGUGUCCUCAGAGAACCUUCUUCUCGUGAUAGAGCGUUUCUAUCAGGUGUGGUUGGGGAAGUGCAGAAAUACAUCCCCUUACAGAAUGAUGUUUUACUCUGGAUUCUACAGUCAGGUGUGAACUCCUAUACCCCAAAAAAAGAUGAAGUAUUGAUUAUGUGCACUGCUAACUGGCAACCAGUGGCUACGGAACCACGAGAUGAACUUCGGUUUGCAUAUAUCAGUACUCUUCAAGUUUCUCCUGAAUAUCUGAUAGCUUCUCUCGUCCAACCUUCGCAUAUUGAUCGCUUGUUUGCAACGCUGGGGGCGAAAAGUAGCGCGCUAGAUGCUGCAAAGCCUCUAGUGCCUGAUACUCGUAAUGUUGAUGAAGAAGACAGGAAAUAUUUAUUAUCUGUUUUAGCACUACUUUCUAACAUAGCUGAAAAACUAAAUGCAUUGACUCGUGAACAUACGUUGAAGAUCCUAUGUCGCUUAGCUCUCGACGAAACUGUCAUGAACGAUGGAGCGGUCUGUGCUGAGACACGACGAGCAAUUCCUGCGUUAUUUGGCCAGACAAAGUCCUCUGUUCUACCAGAGGCUAAUUUCCAGGCCCACGAGUUAGCCCAAAAUACUUAUCAAACAUUCAAAGAUACAACUCUCCAAUGUCUUCUACUUAAAAAUAUACCCCCAAUAACCCCAGAGAUUUCCUUGUUCAGAUGUCGUCUUGCAUCCGCCUUUCUGUUCAUGGAUAGCUCGCCACUCGAUAAGUCGGACUCCGAACUGAUCAACCUACGGAAAAUCAGCUCACAAUUAAAAGGUGAACGUUUUAAAGUUAACGAACAUCGGCCGGAAGAUAAGGAGCCAUUUGACUUUGCCAACUUAGCUGCUUUAACCACAAUACUUGACGUGGCGAUUGACUCAGGGACUUUACAGCGCUCUUUCUCAGAUAAGGAGGGGGAGAUUGAAUUUAAUAAACAGGUGGAUAAACUUGCAGAUCGAGUGAAGGCUAUAUUUACUGCUAUUCAGGAUUCUGGUGCCUCACAUAUGAAACGCACUGAGGCCAAGGAAAGUCUGCAAGCACUUCAUUAUCGGCUUGUCUAUACUGUGAGGACUAAACCCGUCUUGAAGAAGUCAUAUUUUGUUUCCUCGAAUGACGAUGGCUAUGCCGGGGUUAGUGGAAAGAGGGAUAUUUUGGAAAAGUUUCUCGGAGUCAGAUGA